AUGAGUGGAUUAGUGACGGGGUUCGUCGCAAACGGGACGGCCCUAUCUGCGUUUGAGAACGGCACGCUCGGCCUGUCGUUCGGAGGCGCAGGGUUGCUCAUCGCCUACUAUGUCGGCAUCGUCAAAGUGCUCCAGCAGCUGGGGAUCGUGGUGCCCGGGAAGCAGGCGCCGCCGGUGGCGGGGAUUUCCAGUGGCGCGCUGACGGCGGGCGUGAUUUGCAGCGGCAUGUCGGCCGACCGCUUCGGAGACACGGUCCACGAUCUGAUGCGGCGCUGCCGAGAAAAGCAGUGCGCUGGCAGGAUGGACAGCACCCUCAAGGGCAUCCUCGAUGCGGUGCUGCCCACCGACGCCGCGCGCCGCUGCAAGGGCAACUUCUUCGCGGGCGUGACCGUCCUGCAGGACCAGGGCCCCAGAUCGCUGAUGACCGGCGCCUCGGACGGCCCCGGCGGGAGAUCAGAUCUGAUCUCGACGCUCGCCGCGUCCGCGUACAUCCCGAUCUGGAGCGGCCGCAGCCUGUUCACGCGGUGGCGGGGCAUGGAAACCGCCGACGGCAGCCUGAGCAUCGCGCAGCCCUGCCCGCCCGCAGUGGAAUACUGCAUCCGCAUCGCCAGCCGCGCCCCCGACGCGCCGCCCACGACCAUCGGCGACACCGUCGGCGCGAUCGCGCGCGCGCUCGCCGGCCUGCCGGCCGCCGCGGCGGGCGUGCUCAAGCCGGCGCUGCCGGAGCGGCCGCCCAAGGUCGCGCCCUGGAGGCUGGCGCGCAUGCAGGCGGCGGGACUCGACAUCGCGCCGGGGCUCGCGGUGUCCAACAGCGUGUUUGACAGCGCCACCUGGACCGAGCUCGGCCUCAUCCCCUGCGACCCCGACACCUGCACGUGGCUGGAACACCUGGGGCGCCUCGACGCGAUGGCAUGGGCGGAGACGACCGGCAUCGCGCAGGCAGCUGCCCGGAAGCUGCAAGUGGAGAAGCAGAACUCGACCAAGGCGGCAACAGGAUAG